AUGGAGCGAGUCGUACUGGUAUUUGUGUUGCUUCAUUUUCUGUGCUCGGUUCAUAGCCAGGUCAGUUAUUCUAUUCCAGAAGAAAUGUCGAAGGGCUCUUUAGUGGGCAAUAUAGUGCAAGAUUUGGGAUUAGAUAUAAAAAGACUGAAAACAGGCAAGGGGCGCAUCUUCACGGGUGACCAGGCAGACUAUAUCGCGCUAGACAAGGACAGGGGCAUCCUUCUGAUCAAAGAGAGAAUAGACAGAGAAGCGCUAUGCAGAAAAACAUCUCCGUGUGCUUUACAUUUUCAGAUCAUUCUCGAGAACCCGAUGGAAUUAUAUAGCGUAACAGUAGAAAUUACCGAUAUAAACGACAAUCCUCCCAGUUUUGAAAAGAGCGAUAUGAAAUUUGAGAUAGGCGAAAAUGCUGCAAUCGGUGCUAGUUUCAUACUGGAGAUAGCAGUUGAUCCGGAUGUUGGUAUCAAUGGUCUCCAAACGUACACUCUGAAACCCACUGAUAAUUUUCAGCUGAAAUUAAAUCAGCAGCCAGAUGGUGGAAAGACGGUGGAAAUGAUUCUUCGGAAACCUCUAGACAGAGAGAAGCAAGAAAACCUGAUGUUAGUUUUAACUGCAGUUGAUGGAGGAGAACCACAAAUGUCAGGGACAGUUCAAAUACACAUCACUGUUUUAGAUGCAAACGACAAUGCCCCAGUUUUUACGCAGGACAUUUACAAGGUGUCUGUUAGUGAAAACUCUCCUAAAGGGACACGUCUGACUGCAGUCAGUGCCACUGAUGCUGACUAUGGGUCUAACAAUGUCGUGAUAUACUCUUUGUCACGGAGUAUUGCAGGUAUAUCUGACAUGUUUUCAGUUGAUAGAAAAACCGGUGAAGUUAAGUUGAUCGGUCAGCUGGACUACGAAAAGGAAAUAAAUUAUCAGUUUUUUGUUGAGGGUAGAGAUGAAGGAGGACUUUCGGAUUCUUGUAAAAUAAUUGUGGAUGUUGUAGAUGUAAAUGACAACAGUCCAAUUAUUAGCACAAUAUCAAAAUCCAGUACAAUAGCCGAGGAUGCCCCGCCUAAUACAGUGAUCGCAAUGAUCAGCGUGAAUGAUCCAGAUUCAGACAACAAUGGUCAGGUCAGUUGCGUUAUCAAUGAAAACAUUCCUUUCGCUAUCAAAUCUACAUCAAAUCGUUUCUACAGCAUAGUAACUGAUAGUGAAUUAGAUCGGGAGACACACUCUGAAUACAAUAUAACCGUAACCUGCUCGGAUGAGGGUGUACCCUCCCUCUCCAGUCGCGCAGAUUUGUCUCUAAAAAUAACUGAUGUAAACGACAAUGCACCUGUGUUUGAAAAGAGCUCGUAUGAAGCCUCUGUUUUAGAAAAUAACACACCAGGGCUGUCGACUUUCACUGUUAGAGCACAAGAUGCAGAUUGGAAUCAAAAUGCUCGUGUGUCAUACAUAUUAGAGGAGUCCUCGAAUAACGGAGUGCCGGUGUCGUCUUACGUUUCUGUGAAUGCAGAGAGUGGUGUGAUACAUGCGGUGCGGUCGUUUGAUUAUGAGCAGAUUAAAGCCUUCACAUUCCACAUAAAAGCGCAGGACGGAGGCUCUCCUCCACUGAGUAGCAAUGUUAGUGUUAGAAUAAUAAUACAAGAUCAGAAUGAUAAUGCACCCCAGGUUCUAUAUCCUGUACAGUCUAGUGGUUCUCUCAUAGCUGAGAUUGUGCCUCGUUCAGCUGAUGUGGGCUACCUGGUCACCAAAGUAGUAGCUGUUGAUGUGGACUCUGGACAGAAUGCCUGGCUCUCAUACAAACUGCAGAAAGCGACAGACAGAGCGCUGUUUGAAGUAGGGGCUCAGAAUGGAGAAAUAAGAACCAUUCGACAAGUUAAUGAUAAAGAUGCCGUAAAGCAAAAGCUCACUGUUGUAGUGGAGGACAACGGACAGCCCUCUCGCUCUGCUACAGUCAAUGUGAAUGUUGCUUUGGCGGACAGCUUUCCUGAAGUGCUCUCGGAGUUCAGUGAUUUUACGCACGACAAGGAAUACAAUGAUAAUCUGACUUUUUAUCUCGUCUUGGCCCUGGCUGUCGUGUCUUUUCUCUUCAUAGUCUCAAUCAUAGCCAUACUUUCAGUAAAAUGCUACAGAUGGAAACGUGACAGGAUGUUGUAUAAAUCCAACGGAAAUCUACCGGUUAUCCCGUAUUACCCGCCCCUUUACGCAGACGUAGGGGGCACAGGAACUCUACAGCAUGUGUACAACUACGAACAUUACAGAACAACCGACUCCAGAAAGAGUGAUCUGAAAUAUGUCAGACCUUGUAAUCAAAGCAUCAUCAGUCUGGAUAACGCUCAAAUACAGACUCUACCUCAUGCGCACAACGACAAACUGAUUGACGACUCUGAAGAUCAGGUGAGGGAUUUUACGUAA